AUGGCAAAUAUUUUAGAAUCAGGUUUUAUUAAAGCUCAUUCAACAAAUUUGCCUAAAAUAGACGCAUUUAUGGUAUGUGAAUUUGUUAAAGAAAGUGACAAAUUCAACGCUGCUGAAGUUAGGAAUGCAAAAGCUGCAAUAUCAUCACGAGAAUCGUACGGUGACAAAGCAAUAGGAUAUGUAUGUCUUAAAAGAGACGAAUCUUUGGGGACAUGUAUUGUUCAAUGCAAGAUAUGUCCUGAGCAUCGUAACAAAGGAUACUCAGUAACAUUGACCGUUAAUGAAAAAGAAGAAAAAGUAAUUGAUGUCCAGUGUCACGACUGUGCAGCAUCAAGCGGAGGCUGCAAACAUGCAAUCGCCUUUUUAAUGUGGAUUCAUAGGAAGUCGGAAAAUCCUUCCAUUACAGAAAUAGAAUGUUAUUGGCGUCGCUCUUCUUUAGCUUCCAUUGGCACAUCAAAAAAGUACAUUGAGUUGAAAGAAUUUGGAAAAACUGACGUUGUCGAUACACAGCGAUUAGACAAUUCAUCAUUUUUAAAAGCUGUAAUUCAUAAAGCAAAAGAGAAGCAAUUAGACAGUCAACUCUCCAGGCACAAUUUUGUAUUAGAAAGCCGAAAAUUGAUAUCUCUGUCAAUACAUCAAUUAUUAUUAAAUUUUUGUGAAAACGGAUGUUUCUCUAUAGACAAAUUUUUAGACUGUGCUAGAAAAGAAAUGUCAGAGGAUUUAUGUCGUAUGGCAGAAGAAUUAACCAGAUACCAAAGUGAUACUCAAAUUUGGCAUGAACUCCGGUAUGGUAGAAUAACAGCAUCAAGAAUAUAUGAAGCAGCACACUGCAAAACAUCAAAUGGAACAUUUGUACAACAAAUUAUUGGAGUAUCAAAAAUAUUUGAGUCACAAGCAAUGCAACGAGGAAAAAAAUUGGAGAAAGAAGUAUUGAUUGAGGCCCGUAAGAUUACGCAACUGUUUCGCAACUCUUUCAAAGAUUGCGGUUUAGUCUUAUUACCUUUAUUUCCAAUAUUAGGAGCAUCGCCUGAUGCGAUAGGUGAUGAUUUUAUUGUUGAAGUUAAGUGUCCAUCAAUCCCACAAGUACCUAGGGAAAUAGUCCGCCCACACAAAGCCUCGGAUGCGUGGGUAAGACUACUUACUCUGGGAUGUCGCCUGGUGCACCAGAGGCAUCGUUCCAGACACUGCUCCCUUAGUGCCACGCAGCCGUUGCCACGAUUGCUUACAGCUUAG